UUCGAUUGUAUCGCUUGUGUUUCAGGGUAACAGUCACUCCCACCUAGCGUCAGGAGCGCUCCUCAGAACAUCAAGGCCAUUCAAGUUUCACUGCGGAGACAAGCUACCCAUUAACCUAAAAAGCACAAUUGAGCUUGAAGCGGGGGGCAACUCACGUUGCGCCUGGGGUUUAACAAGAAUCCUCAUAGUCUCAAUAUCUUCUUACCGACAUGCACGCGGAAAGACGGGUGAUUCGGUCCUGUGUUCCUAAAGAAACAUAUUAAGAUAUAUUUUAACUUCUGAAUUUCGCGCGCCGUUAUAUGCAUGGGGUACCGAGAACGUUCGUCUUUUUGAGUCCUGUUUUCUAACAUUUGGAGAUCGGACCACUUGAGCUGCCCUCAUCAGCCCGGCUGUGGACUAUUCUUUCUUUGAAAGCUUGCUUUUUCAGUUGUAAACGAAAAAAUGGGUUGUUGCACCGGACGAUGUACUCUGAUCUUUCUAUGCACUUUACAAUUGCUCGCAUCAUUAGAGCGACAGAUCUUUGACUUCCUGGGUUACCAAUGGGCUCCCAUACUUGGAAACUUCCUUCACAUAAUAGUCGUCAUUCUGGGACUCUUUGGGACCAUUCAGUAUCGGUCCAAAUAUAUCAUUGUGUACUCUAUUUGGACCGCUCUCUGGGUUGCCUGGAAUGUGUUCAUUAUCUGCUUUUAUCUGGAAGUAGGAGGCCUCUCUAAGGACACAGACUACAUGACUUUCAACAUCUCCAUGCACCGCUCCUGGUGGAGAGAGCACGGCCCAGGCUGCGUGAGGAGGGAAGUCCCGCCCCCCAGCUCCCGUGGCCUGGAAGACCACUCCUACAUCUCCGUCACCGGCUGCAUGAUAGAGUUCCAGUACCUGGAGGUGAUGCAUUCCUCCCUUCAGAUACUGCUGGCCCUGGUUGGCUUUGUGUAUGCCUGCUACGUGAUCAGUGUGUUCACAGAGGAAGAGGACAGCUUUGAUUUUAUAGGUGGACUUGAUUCAUACACCUACCACCAUUCACCCCAGAAAACUUCCCAUGUCCAAUUAAAGCCGGUUUACCUAUCGAAGUAAAUGAGGAGCAGUGCCUGGUGAGCUGGAGACGCCAAAACUAGGAAAAGAUCUGCUGUGUACCACACAGCACAGUGCGCGUGGAGCAGGUGGACACGUGCACCUGCGAGUGUGUGAGGUGUGUGAUGAGUGAGAAAUGAGUGUGCUCGUGGGGAGGUGCCCACGCACCAUGACCUUUGACCAAAUCAAUCACUGAGCAUCCCUCUGUUAACAAAAAAACACUGCAAACAAUUCAGUUUCAAUCAAGCAGACAUAUUUCAGAGAAUGAAAACCAUAGCCUAAGGAGUGCGGGUCGUAACGGCAAUGCAAGAUGCAGAACAGAUUUUUGUUUCCAUCCUCUUUAUGUCUUAUGAUGUAUUUUUCCCAAAAGCAGAUGAGGAACUUGUGAUACCCAUGCAUUUUCAAUGAUAUGAUUCAUUACAACCAAGUCGCCAUU